CCAAAAUGGCACUUGCCAGCACCAAUGUCCUUUUGGUAGGUGAUUCUCCAAAGUGGAUGCUGCCAGCAUCUGGUCCCCAGGGUGAGCUCCAGUUGCCUCCUGCCUCUCCAGGAGGCUCUCCAAGAUCAGUAGGUUUAAGUGACACUUCUCCAGAUGAAGGGUUAAUAGAGGACUUGACCAUAGAAGACAAAGCUGUGGAGCAACUGGCAGAAGGCUUGCUUUCUCACUACUUACCAGAUUUGCAGAGAUCAAAACAAGCUCUCCAGGAACUCACACAGAACCAAGUUGUAUUAUUAGAUACACUGGAACAAGAGAUUUCAAAAUUUAAAGAAUGUCAUUCUAUGCUGGAUAUUAAUGCUUUGUUCACUGAAGCUAAACACUAUCAUACCAAGUUGGUGAAUAUAAGAAAAGAGAUGCUGAUGCUUCAUGAAAAGACAUCAAAGUUAAAAAAAAGAGCACUUAAACUGCAGCAGAAGAGGCAAAAAGAAGAGUUGGAACGGGAGCAGCAACGAGAGAAGGAAUUUGAAAGAGAAAAGCAGUUAACUGCCAAACCAGCUAAAAGGACGUGAGAAGUUGUAAGGUCGUCCCCUACUGUCACUUCAUCGUAAACUGGUCUCGAUCAUGUAUGUUCCUGAAGUGCUUCAGGAGGCCUGCAGUGCUCGAAUUCCGAUAAGCGUGUGCGGGUGCUGCCCUCUCCUCUCCCAGGUUUGACUUUUCUUAGGACUUUGGAAAAGGGAGUCAAAAAGUAUAUUGAAUACUUAGUACAAGAGAGUAAAUACUAAGAAAUAAAAACAUGUAUAUAGACCUGAAGUUUCCUGGCCUCUGCUUUGAUCAUAAACCUUUAAAUUUUAAAGUAUAUAGGACCUUAGUAAUAUGUGGUUUAUAUUCCUGCUUGUUUAGGGCCUUAGACUUGCUUAAACCCUGUGUCCCUCUCAGUUUCCUAAACUGUGAAUUUGGGAUAGGUGUUUCUGGCUUCAUAAGAUUAUGAGUUUUAUGAUAUCCAUAUAAAAGCCCUUAACAAAAUAGGAAGAACUCUUGGUAUCUUGAAGUCACAUAUUCACAUGUGCGGGUGGUGCUUAUUUUGCCCCUUUGUGCAUGUCUGCUUUUGCUCACAAGGUUUCCACUAGGAUCCUUCAUUCUAUAAUGUCUUCCUGUUAGACACCUGUUCUUUCUUUGCAACUCAGAUAUCACUUCUUUAUGGUUUUUCAAACCACUUUCCAAAGAAUUUCUUUUUUCUUGUAUUCUACAGUGCUUAAUACAUUUGCCCUAGCAUUUACAGUAUUGUUAUGUGUUCACAUGUCCCUCAAGAUCAAGAAUAUUUCUUUUCCAUGGUGUAGUACUGCCUGCCCUAGUUACUAAUCAGGAUUCUCCAGAGAAACAGAAUGAAUUUGUGUGUGUGUGUGUGUGUGUGUGUGUGUGUGUGUGUGUGUGUAAAUGGAGUAGGGGAGAGAGAGAGGUAGAGAGAGAUUUAUUGUAAGGAAUUAGCUUAUGUGAUUGUGAUUGUGGGAGCUGACAAUUCAAAAAUCUGCAGGGCAGGCCAGCAGGCUGGGGACCCAGGGAAGAGUUGAUGUUGUAGCUUGAGUACAAAGGCAGUAUGGAGGCAGAAUUCCCCCUUUCUUAGGGGACCUUAGUCUUUUUCUUUUAAGGCUGAGCAAACUGGUUGAGGUCCACCCACGUUAUGGAGGGUAAUCUUAAAGUCUGCUGAUUUAAAUGUUAGUCUCAUAUAAAAAAUACCUUCACAGCAACAUCUAGACUGGUAUUUGCCCAAAUAUUGAGGUACCAUGGUCUAGCCAAGUUGCCACAUAAAAUUAGCCAUCACAGUUGAGACUGAAUUGAAUCUAGUAGGAGAGAUAAAGAGAUGUUAAAAAUAGCUUUAAUAAAAAUCUGCAUUACAUAAAUGCCAGGUAGGGAAUAUUACAAUAAAAAGAUUAAGUUCCUGAAAUCCAGCCAUGCUUGGGAGCCUAUAAUCCUUGGAUAAUCCAAGCCACUGCUUCCAUCCCUGAUUAUAUACUCAGACUUUAAAAAAAAAAAAAAGAAGAAGAAAAAAUGAUAGCCAGUCCCAAGAUCUUGGGAAUAAAAUGAGCUCAGAGAUAAUGUGUGUACUGGAUUUUAGAAAAAUAGGUGCUACAUCUGUUGUAGCUUUAACCUUCUCUAUUAACUAGGGGCUGUUCAGUUUUCUUAAAAAUGGCUUCAAGGAAGAAGUGGGCAGUUUUAGAACAGGCUCAACAGAUGAGCACACCUUAGACUUAAAACCUGAUGAAGCACAGAAGGGACAAUGCUGCUAUCUUGUGUCUACAAAUUCUUUAUGGUCUCAACUAAUUUGAUGAUGUUUGGCCUAAGUGUUUUCAACUGUAGUGUUAUUGGUAAGACGAUUUUCCAUAUGGUCUGAACAUUUGUUUAAACAGUGAGUGAUCUGUGAAAGUGCUCUGUGAAGCAUUUGAUAAGGUUUAAAGCUACAUUUUUUCUAACUUUUUGAAUCUUUUAGUUUGAUAUUGGGCUUGAGGGUUUUUUUUUUUUUUUUCCCCUUCUCCAAUCAUGUAAUCUGUCAUCAUCCACCAUGCUCAGAAUCCUGUUCUAAGAAAAACAUUCCAGGCUAAAAAUCUUGCUGUGGGCAAAGGCCCUGGGAGUUCUGUGCUUUUAUUCACUUGACUCUCCCCAUUGGGCCUUUGCUGAUAGGAUCUGGGGUGAGCACCUGGCCCAAGGACAGCCAACCCAUGGGGUCAGUGGUGGAAAAAUUUGCCUGGCAGGAAAAACUCUUGCCUAGAUGGGGACAUAUAGCAUCUCAUUGGCUUAGUCAGUUACUGUCUUGGGAAUAUGUAUUAGAAUACUCACUUGGAGAGAAUCAGCCCUUCAGUAAUUGAAGGAGAAAUGAGAGGACACACGGAAGCAGACAGAGCAGCUGAGUGUUAUGUGAGGAAGAGUAGGGAUCUAUGAACUUCUACUUCUGAAAGGGGACAAGGUCACAGACCCCUCAAAAUGUCUUGGAUCCUGAGCUGUUUUCCUGUAUAAGGCUCUAUGUGACCUGGGUGCUGGGCUUUUCUUAGGUUCCAGUGAAAUUUGAUUACUAGGCUAAGAUUCCUGUUUUCCACAGCACCCACCUUCUCGUCCCCUACUUCCCUUCUUUAUGAGAUAACCUUAACAAUUCUCUCUUUAUUGCAACUUUAAGCAUCUAACAUUGUCAUUGUCUUUUAGUUGCUCUAGCAUGUUAUAUUUUUCAAAGUGUUUUAAUAUGCAUUAUCUAAUUUAAUAAUAAGGAUGCUAUUUAGGAGAUUAUGUGUUUUCAUGCUUGCUA